GGCACAAACAUUCUGCACUAGGCAAAAGAAUAAGAUGAGCUGUGAUAGACACAAAUAUGUGGAAUGCAGCAAAGAUGGACUGGUUUUUACAUUUUAAUAUUCUGCAUAUUCUUUCCCAGUUUCCUUGAUGACCAACUGAAUCCAGUCUUUAUAUAAAAUGGAUUCUGACAAAGAAUUAGGAAUACUACUGGACAGAAAAACAAAGAAAGAAAAGGUUCAGGAAAGAAUUGCAAGGAAAAGUAAAUCUUUACAGAAAAGAAGUGUCAGAAGAAAGCAAACUGAAGAUGACAUACAUGUUGAUAGAAAACAAAAAGAAACCCCGGACAAAAAUCCACAGGAAGCUGUGGCUGUAGAAGAAAAACAAAGUAGAUUAACUGAAGUAUUACGGGAUAGAGUGAGAGGGAAGUUGAGAACUGUUAAGGCUGAACAGGAAGAAAAAUCUUCUGACAAACCCUACUCUGUUACUAAAGAAUACCAACACAACUCUGAAGUGAGCACUGAGAAUGAAGUCUCCUUUGAUGAGGGUUUUAUAUUUUUUACAUCAACUUUUGAAGAUUACUCAAAGCUGAAAGAAACUGAUCAGGUCAUUGACCAGAAAUCAAUAAAUGACAGCCUUCAAAUUGUCUGUGGCUUAAAUGAACAAGCUCCUUUGCUUGAUCAUGUGAGAGAAAUACUACUACCAGAACUGCUUGAAGUAAAACCACCUGAGUGUGAAUGCAGUAAUCUCGAUAAGAAAAAGCAAUGGGACCAACAACUUUUUCUGCCAAGCACUUCCCCAGUUAUACACAGCUGUAAAUUGCCAGACAAUAUGGCACCACGAUUCCUAGAGGAUGAAGGAUUUUAUAUUCCAAGAAAGCCUCGUAUAUCUAGGAAUACAUAUUACAAAAUGGAAAACCGUCUUCUUCAGCAAGAUGGGGGGAAAAACUGGUUUGAAGAAAGCGGGGAAAUAAUAUCGUUGCCUUCUCCAAUCAAACCAUCAAGUUACUACAGAGUGUUUUUUCCUUCUGAGAUUGACCCACGAUUAAAGACAACAUACAGGAAGGCAAUGCAACCUCAACUGGAAAACUGCAUCAUAACUAAGUCAGAGGAACAGAGCAAAAUUUAUCAACUGGAUCUUAACAUAUCAUGUAUUGUGUUUAGCCAUCAUUUUUUUUUCAACUGUGAACAAGUACUGGCUGCCAGGUUGCUUGACCUUUAUGACUGUUUUCAACAACGGCAGCAGCAAAACGUUACUCUCUUGCUAUCUGAAAAACUCAAAGCAUUAAUAAGUUCCACAAAAUUACUGGAAAGUAACCUAAAAACAAGUGAGCUAAGUAUGAAAACUUUGAAGGAUUACAGAUCACAAAUAAGAAAUACCAGAAUAUUACAUGACAUAGAACACCAAAGAGAUAAAUGCUUAAUACAAAGUAUUAUGAAAGUAUGGAAACAAAUAAAAUCUCUACGGAGACAGCAAGGAUUUGUCAGUUCUACUGUCAGGCUGCAAUUUCAAAAGCUGACAUAUAUCUCAGAACUCGAUGAAUUCGAAGGCAACAUAUCAGAAGAGAAUGAAAAUGGAUGCUUGGAUUCAGCUCAUACCUUUCAAACCGCAAUGGACACCAGAGGGAUAAAUGAACCUUUUUUGGUACCACAUCUUACCUUUGUAACAGAAAUAACAGCAGAAGACAUGUGCCCUCUAGAAGAACAACAGAGAAGAGAAAAAGUCAAAAUGGAAAAAUACUUUAUUAAAAUAUAUUACAACAAUAAAUUGGUCUCCUCUACUUCUGAAGCUCCUCUUCACCAGGAUUUUAAAGUAAUAUUUCAGCAAAUUUUUAGAAUUCAAGUAUUAAACUGGCCUGAAUCUCUUCGAUUAGAGAUAUUUGAAUCAAGUAAAAAACCGACUUUGUUGGCCAAAGUAUACUUACCUCUUCCCAAUAAUGUUACAUUGAAAAGCAAAGAUGUUUUGGACGAGGCAGAGUUUAGUUGUGAACAACAAGUUAAACCUUCCAAUGGGGCAGUGGGAAGCAAUGUAUCUUUUUUCCUUGAUGAAAAGGAAAGAGAAGAACUAUGUAUUCUGACAUCAGGAAAAUUAAUGUAUUCUUUAUCUUGGACAGUUGAUGACACAGGAGCUCCUUUAGCACCCACAUUUCAGCCUCUUCAUGUUGCCUGCAUUAGUGUGCCAAGGUGUAUCGAUUCAGGAAAAGGAACUGGAAUUUGGCAGCAUUCUGACAUACAGAAACGAAUUGAGUGGGCAAAAGAUGCCAAUAUUGAUCCAAAUAACCCUGACUAUUUGGAUUUGAUUGAGAUAAUCAUGUAUGCAAAAUCCUUGGAGCAAAAUGAAUCAAAAUACUUUCGUCUUGAACAGCUGCAAGAAGAAUUUAACUUUGUUACUGCAGAAGAGAUUACAAAUUGUAAACGUUUCCAGCUGUUGCAGCUGAGAAGCUUGGGACAGUUAGAUUUCUAUGGUUUCCAGCAAAUUCCUCUGUAUGAUAGAGAAAUACCAGACACAGUCUUUCAGGCAUAUGGGAACCAAUUAGAAAAGGACAUGAUGACAGAUGCAGAUCCUAUUUCUGCACGAAGGAAUAGUUCAGCCACUUUUGUUAGGAUGAUGAGAAAACAAGCUACAAAACGAAUUGUGACCAUUAGGCACAAGUUUAACUUAUCAGAUAUUGUGAAUGAUUAUGAAGAAAUUAUAUCUAUGAGUGAAUUGAGUAAUGCAAUUUUCAAGCUAGGUGAACGCAAAAGACAUUUGAAACCACAAAGGAAAGAGAGGCGAAAGAUUCCAGCACAGGCUGUCUCUGAUGGAGAUGUAAAACUUCUCAUCAGAAUAUUGAGAGCUUAUAAUAUUCCUGCAAGAAAGGCACCACCAACUAAGGUUGGAGUUGCUAAUUCACCAUCCUAUUUACCAAAUCGUAUGUCCAGAGGCAGACAUAUUUUGUCAGGAAAUUCAGCCUAUUCAGCAGACCCUUUGUAUGAGGUGGGUGUCCAUCCUUUUGUGGAAGUUACCUUCCAGGACACAAUCUAUCAGACUAGCACUGCUGAUGGCUCUCAUCCAUGUUGGAAUGAAGAAUUGCAAGUUGAUUUUAUCUCUCCAGGGCAUGAUUAUACUUUUUCAGGGCUAUCUAAAAUCAAAGACAAUAUAAAUAUUAACAUUUUUGAUGAAUUUGUGAUUGAAAAGCAUGAGGACACAUGUCCAAAAAACUGCAGUGGUCACUCCUAUGUAAGAAAGAAUUGGCUUGGAUCAGUUAUGUUUCCUUUCUCUACUCUUCUGGAGCAUUCAAAGAUUUGUGGUACAUUUCAAGUAAAUAUGCCACCAGUUUUGCUUGGAUAUACUUGGAGUAAGACAUAUGUGCCUCCCAAAGAAGAAUGUCAUGGCCAGAACUUGAAGGAAUAUACUUUUUUAACCAUCUUUGCCACUAUUGAACCUCAAAUAUCUUCUACUGAAAAUAAUUUAGAAUCAGACAAGUUCAUAGAUCAUGAAGAUCAAACACUGUUGCAAAAAGCAUACAUUUUUAAGCAAACAUGCAAAACAUUGUUUCCAAAGAGGAGAAUAAUAACCUCAGUUUUUAACAAUCAAGGAAGAAAUAUUUUAGUAACAAAGUACAUUACCUCUCUGAAUCCACCUCAGCAAUUAUUAGAUAUGUGUGCUGAUGAGCCUAACUCAACUUCUGAUCUUAUAUCACGAUUUGUGUCUUUAAUUCCUUGUAUAUCAGACACUGGGGAUGAAAAUGAUGAUGUUGACCUUUGGAUGACAUCAGAGAAUUUCCUUGAACUUGGUAUUGGUAGUAAAGAAGAACAUGCAGUGCUUCUAUGUAACUACUUUCUGUAUAUUGGGAAAAAAACAUGGGUACUGUUGGGAACAUCAGUGUUAGAAGGGAAAGUAGCUUAUGUAGCAACACAAGAAAAUGGAGAGUAUUUUCUGUGGAAUCCACUGAGUGGCCAGUGCUAUAAGCAGUUUGAUGCAUUUUGCCCUCUACAGAGUGUUGAUUGCUUAAUCAGUUGGGAAAAUGUCUGGUUCAACAUACAGCAGAACAGUUCACCAAUGUGUGUCAGUUUUGAUAUUUCAAAGGAAAGCUUAUGGAAACAAUUUCUUCCAUACCAUGUUCAGGAUUUAAAAAUGCAGACUGUACAGCAAGAAGAACUAUUUUACAUCCCAACUGAUGUAAGUUUGGUCAUAGAGCUACAAAAUAGGAUUGAAAAGACUUUGAAAAAGAAAUUUAUGGAAUGGCGAUCUCAGCAGCCAACUCGGUGGCAUCGACAGUGUACCAGUGUCUUACGACAAAUUCUCUCAAAUCUAGAAUUUAGAAAUGGACAGACAGCUAGAGAAAAAGAAGAAAAUAAUUUGGAGGCUUUCCAGGAACAUUACUGGGUUACAGGAUUUCCUAUUCAAAUGCCGUAUCUGGAUCUACAGUCAAUAACUGAAGCUGUUUAUCAGACAGGAAUUCAUUCUUCAGAGGUUCCCAACACAGAAUUUGCUCUUGCUGUGUAUAUUCAUCCUUACCCAAAUAACAUGCUAUCUGUCUGGAUAUAUUUAGUAUCUUUGGUACGCCACCAGUAAGCAGUACCACAAAACUCUUCAGGAAUGAAGAAUUUUAGUGCAGCCUUGAGAUGCUUUCUGGUUGUGAUGUCUGAAUUUUCACUCUUAUAUCAACAAGUAGUAGUAAGUUAUGUCUUGAGAUUCACAUUGCUUUUGCAGAGAUUAUCUCUUAAAUGUUCCUCACAUAUUGCUUACUAGAUAUACGUAAAAAUGUUGUUCAUUUGUAAUUGUAUUAACUUGUGCUUUCAUUUACUUUCUGCAGUGGUAAACAGCAUUAAAAAGAUUUUAAUAAUCAGAAAAUAAAAGCUUUCCUUGUACCCAUC